AUGGAUGGCAUCUCAGUGAUCAACCUGGAGAGCCUGGGCCCUAGGACCCCAGUAUGUGUCCAGAUAAUUCCUACAUCAAUUCUUCUUCUAUCAUCUUUAGCCAUUGUCCAGCUAGUUACUGGAACAAUGAGUAUAAGAAUGACAGGAGCUACAGUUGAGUAUCCAUGUGGAAAAAUACCUGUUCUAGAAAAAAGAAAUAACAGUACUCCCCAAGGCCGAAUUGUGGGUGGCAAGUUGUGUCCCAAAGGGCAGUGUCCAUGGCAGGCUGUGCUGCUGGUGAAUGAAGAACUGCUGUGUGGAGGGACGCUGAUUGACGACAUCUGGGUGGUCAGCGCUGCCCACUGUUUUGACAAACUGAACCCAAGAAAACUGAAGACUGUAACAGUGGUAUUAGGUGAGCACGACCUGGAUGUAAAGGAUGGGCAUGAACAAGAGCGGAAAAUUGCUCAAGUCAUGAUCCCUGACAAGUACAUCAAAGGCAAGACCGACCAUGACAUUGCCCUGCUUCGCCUGACCACACCAGUGAACUUCACCGACUAUGUGGUGCCUAUCUGUUUGCCUGACAAAACCUUCUCUGAGCAGACAUUGGCCUACAUCCGGUUCUCCACAGUGAGUGGCUGGGGUCAGCUUCUUCACAGGGGCUCCACAUCCCUGGAGCUCAUGGUCAUAGACGUGCCCAGGCUGAUGACCCAGGACUGCAACGAGCAAACAGUAAAGUCAUCCAACACCCCAGUUUUGACUGAGAACAUGUUCUGUGCCGGCUAUCUGGAUGGAACCAAAGAUGCUUGCAAGGGUGACAGUGGAGGCCCGCACACUACCAAGUACCAGAAUACAUGGUACCUGACAGGAAUUGUCAGCUGGGGCGAGGGUUGUGCAUCCGUAGGCAACAUUGGUGUGUACACCAGGGUCUCCCAGUACAUUGAAUGGCUGAUCAGGCUCGUGAACUCAGAUUUGACCCCAGGUAACAUCAUACGAUUCCCUCUUCUCUAG